CCCAGGCUGAGCAAUCUAAAGGCUAGGGUUUUAGCAUAAGGAAUGUAGCAGCGCGUCAUGGAUCGAUGCUGCGCUCAUCUGCGUCUCAGAUGCUUCCCGAUCAGCAAAGAAUCGCCGCUCCAAUUCCAUCGCCCUGCUCUUCUUGUGCGCCUCGCGGCUGGAAAAUCUGUUAUUCCGGGCCCUGGAUUAACAGAUUUUCCAGGCAAGAAAUCCUCACUUCGUCUCGUUUGCAGCAGAGCGGCAGCGGCGGCUGCGGAGGAGCGCGAUCACAACAGUGGUGCGUCGAGCUUUCUGGACCAAUACCCGGCGCUCACAACCGGGUCGCUCUUCCUAUCUUGGUCUCUGUUAAAUGCGGUUUUUAAUGUCUUGAACAAGCAGGUGUUUCACUACUUUCCAUAUCCAUGUACCAUGUCCGUGAUUCAUCUGGCGGUGGGAGUUACAUACUGCAGCGUUUGCUGGGCAUUUGGAAUGCCAAAACGUGUCCCAUUGAGCAAGGAACUGAUGAGAUUGCUUCUGCCAGUUUCGUUUUGUCACGCGCUGGGACACAUCAUGACCAACAUUUCCUCAUCCACCGUCGCCGUUUCCUUCACACACACGGUCAAAGCGCUGGAGCCUUUCUUCAACGCAUCUGCGUCACAGUUUCUUCUGGGACAAUCAGUUCCUUUCGCCCUCUGGCUUAGCUUGAUACCUGUAGUCGCUGGGGUUUCUCUAGCAUCACUCACAGAGGUUUCAUUUAACUGGAAAGGAUUUCUCAGUGCCAUGACGUCUAACGCCGCAUACACAUACCGAAACAUUGUUUCCAAGGAGGCUAUGGCAACAAUUGACAGCACUAAUCUUUACGCUUACAUAUCUUUGAUUUCGCUCUUCAUGUGCAUUCCACCAGCAUUACUGAUAGAAGGUCCGAGCCUUGUCAAGCACGGGCUUGCUACCUCAGUUGCAAAAGUAGGCAUUCGAAAGUUCGUAGCAGAUCUAAUCGUGGUGGGAGUUUUCUAUCAUCUGUACAAUCAGGUUGGCAACAACACUCUGGAACGAGUAGCGCCUCUGUCACACGCAGUAGGCAACGUACUAAAGCGAGUCGUAGUCAUCGUAUUCUCUAUACUUGUUUUUGGAAAUCGAAUUACAAAACAAACUGCUGUAGGCACGACGAUGGCAAUCGGUGGAGUUGCCUUCUACUCUUUUGCUAAAGCCAAACUAGACGAGAUGAAACAACGAGCUCUUUUGAAUCAAAAGCAUUAGUUUUGGAUUUGGUC